AUGGCCUCGGCGAUUGAGCUGCCGGGUGAGGCAGCUCCAUUAACACAUCGCAACGUGGUGGACGUCCUGAUCUUAGCCGCCAGCUCAACCCAACAACAGGUUCAAGCGGGAACUAAGCAACUGGAGCAUUGGGAGCAUCAGCCUCUUUACCAUGCUAUGCUUCAAGAUGUCUUCCUUGAUCGUUCCCUUCCCACAGAGGUGCGGUACCUUGCAAUCAUCCGCUUGAAACAUGGUAUCGAUCGGUACUGGCGCAAGACAGCCACCCACGCCAUAUCCAAGGAUGAGAAAGCACAGAUUAAAAGCCGAGCUCUUGAGGCUGGAGUAGAAGAGCCUGCUCGUCCGCUCGCUCUUCAGAAUGCUUUGAUGGUGGCGAAGAUCCUCCGAUUCGAGUUCCCCCAUGACUGGCCUGAUGCCAUUACCUCUGUCCUCACUUUCCUUCGAUCCGCGAUUCAACCUGGUGCCAAUCCAUUGCAACUCCCUCGAACCCUCCUCAUCCUCCUCCAAAUCAUCAAAGAAUUAUCGACUGCCCGAAUUCAGAGAACCCGCGUACACCUGCAAUCAGUCUCUCCCGAGGUUUUUCAGGUUCUGAGUAGAAUCUACAUUGAUAAAGUUGGCCAGUGGGUUGGAAUUUUUGAGCAUGGAGGUGCAGAUGAAGCGGCUCUACUAGAGGUUCUCGAACAAAGUCUCGUUUCUCUGAAGGUCCUCCGACGCCUUAUCAUUUCGGGAUUUGAGCAUCCAGCUCGCGAUCAGGACGUGCAAAACUUCUGGCAAUUGACCUACACGCAAUUCAGUCAAUUCCUGGCGUUGCUGGAUGGUCCUGCUCAAUUACCACAAUUGGUACAUACAGCGAUAGAAAAACACAUCCUGCAAUUAUCAAAGCUGCAUGUCGAAAUGGCAAAAACACACCCUGCGUCUUUUGCUCGAUUCGAUAAUAGCAUUGAGCUUGUGAAGUCAUACUGGACACUAGUGGGGAAGUUGAGCGAAACAUAUACAAGUCUUGGGACAGAUAUCGAGGCGGAAGGGAAAUCGCUUCUUGAGAAGGCCGGCUUGCGAGCAUUGCUGCUGAUCAGGGCUUGCGCCAAGAUGGCAUUCAACCCAGCCCAGACCUUCAAAUAUCAGAGUGCCCAGGACAAGGACGAGCGGAAGCAAGCGGUGGAACGCAUCAAGACCCAACUUUUCACCGAAGAUUUUGUGGUGAACGUCAUGGAGCUGCUUGUGACACAAUUCUUCAGGUUCCGAAGCAUUGACUUCCAGGAAUGGGAGGAAGAUCCCGAGUCUUGGGAGAAGAAGGAGGAACAAAGCACCGAGGCUUGGGAAUUCUCAAUUCGGUCUUGCUCUGAGAAGCUUUUCCUUGACCUCGUUAUCCACUUCAAGGACUUGCUCAUUCCUCGGCUACUCCACGUUUUUUAUACCUUCGCCACCACGGAGAAUCGCGACGUUGUACUCAAAGAUUCCUUGUAUUCGGCCAUUGGCCUUGCAGCUGCCAGUUUGGAGCAACACUUGGACUUCAACAGCUUCCUGGAGAAGACAAUGGUCCCCGAAGUUCAGAUUGCCGAUCCCGAAUACCGGCUUUUGAGGCGACGGAUUGCAGUGGUGCUCGGCCAGUGGAUGCCUGUCAAGCCGGGCGAAAUAAACCGGGAUGUUGUCUACCAAAUAUUUCAAUAUCUAUUGAACAAAGACGAUCCGCUCAACGACCUUGUUAUUCGGAUUACUGCGGGUCGCCAACUUCGAAAUGUUCUUGAUCCUUGGGAGUUCACUGCCCAAGGCUUCAUGCCCUAUGCUCAAUCGAUACUUGGCAGUCUCAUGGCUCUUGUGCAAGAGGUGGAUGCCGCCGAGACGAAAAUGGGACUUUUGGACACAGUGAGAGUGGCCGUGGUCAAGAUGGAACAUUAUAUCGUCGGCUUUUCGGAUCAGAUCCUGUCGUUGCUUCCUCCGUUGUGGGAGGAGUCUGGAGAUGAACAUCUCAUGAAGCAGGCGAUUUUGACGCUCCUCUCGGCUUUGAUACACGCCCUGAAGCAAGAAUCUGCGAGAUAUCAUGCGCUCAUCCUUCCUCUGAUCCAGAGCUCCGUUCACCCUGAAUCGGAAACUAUCGUUUAUCUUCUCGACGAGGCACUGGAGCUUUGGGCGGCCAUCAUUAUGCAGACGCCGAGCCCCGCCUCACCUGAAAUUAUCUCUCUGCUUCCCUCCAUUCUUCCCAUUCUUGAAGAGGGAACCGAUGCAACUCCCCAGGGUUUGCAGAUUGUGGAGUCUUACAUUCUCCUUGCUCCGCAAGCUGUGCUCAGUGACGAACUCCGGCUGCCAAUUUUGAAUUCUCUGCAAACACUUCUCCAGUACACUACGAAGCAGCGCACCGGAGUCGUGCCUCGCUUAGUCGAUAUGAUGAUCCGUGGUGCUGAAACUAUCGACGGUGGGAGUGAGGCCAGCUACAGUGCAAUCUCACAGUCCCUCCUUGAGAGCUCUUUCCUGCAAUCACUCCUUGAAGGCCUUUACACCGCACACGAGGCAAGCCAGACCACUGGUCCAAACCGAAAGACCACCUACGUGGCCGGGGUCGUUGAGACAGACUAUUACUCGGUUCUUGCGCGCCUUGCGCUCGCAAACCCCAAGAUUUUUGCCUCGGCAGUCGCCACUGCGACCAGCUCCGCUGAGGAGCAAACCCUUACCUGGCUCCUCACCGAAUGGUUCUCGCACUAUGACAACAUCGGCAGUGUGAAUCAGAAGAAGCUGCAUGCCCUUGCUCUGACGCAACUUCUCGCCCUUCAGGCUCCCUCAUCCGACACGUCGGGAGCUACACCUCCUCCUCCAUAUAUUCUCAAUCACCUGCAGUCUUAUCUCACUAUUUGGACAGAUAUUAUCACUGAGCUUGCCGAAGGUGGCACAGACCCCAAUGCGGAUUAUCUUGUUUGUUGGAAUGCUCCCGCUGGCUCCGCGACUGCUCAGCCCGAGGAACAGGAGAACGAAGAUCCUGAAACUCGCCGCCGGCGCGAAUGGGACAAUGCGGACGCCAUCCACCGGUUCCCGAUGCGCGAUUUCGUGCGACAUCGCUUGCAAGAGCUCAUCGUAGCAUGCGGUGGAGCUCAGCGUUUCCAGGAAGAGUGGUUGCUGAAUGUUGAUGCCGAGGUGGUUGCAGCGUUUGGAGCGCUGGGUCUGAUUUGA